UCCUCAGCUCUGUUGUAGGAAUGAUUGAUAAGAAACUGGCACUGGCUUAGUGUGAAUUAAUAAAAGGAAACAGUUUUCUCCCUUUGAAUUUAUCUCUUUAAAUUCUUCUCUUGAGGAUCACCUGUUCACACUCAAUGGCCUUUCAGGAGCUCUUGGAUCAAGUUGGUGGCCUGGGGAAAUUCCAGAUCCUUCAGAUGGUUUUAAUUGUUCCCUUUUUGGUGAUGACAGCAUGUCAAAUGUUUCUGGAGAACUUCACUACAGUCAUUCCUGGUCAUCGCUGUUGGGUGCACACCCUUGACAAUGACACAGUUUCUGAUAACGAUAGUGGGAUCCUUAGCCCUGAUACCCUCCUGAGAAUCUUCAUCCCACUGGACUCAGACUUGAGGCCAGAGAAAUGUCACCGCUUUAUCCAUCCCCAGUGGCAGCUUCUUCAUCUGAAUGGAAGUGUCACCAACAUGACUGAGCCAGACAAAGAGACCUGUCUAGAUGGCUGGGUGUAUGACCAAAGCUCCUUCCCCUCCACCAUCGUGACUGAGUGGGACCUAGUAUGUAAUUAUCAGUCACAGAAAUCAGUUGUUCAAUCCCUAUUCAUGGCUGGAAUGCUGGUGGGAGGCCUCAUAGGUGGUCAUCUCUCAGACAGGUUUGGGAGAAAGUUGAUUCUCAGGUGGUGUCUCCUACAGCUUACCGUCGUUGGGACCAGUGCGGCUUUUGUUUCCAACUUUCACAUUUACUGCUUACUCCGCUUCCUGUCUGGUUGCUCUUCCAUCAUCAUCCUGGCAAAUGAUGGUAUGCUCAUCACAGAGUGGAUAAGGCCUCCAUCUAGAGUAAUGGUAAUAACAGUGAUAUCCUGUGCCCUCAGUGUGGGACACAUACUCUUGGGAGGACUGGCAUUUGUCUUUCGAGAGUGGCGCACUCUGCAGCUGGUGGUGUCUGUACCUUUCCUUGUCUUCUUUUUCUCCUCCAGGUGGCUGGUGGAAUCUGCUCGGUGGCUUAUUAUCAACAAUAAACCAGAGGAGGGCUUGGAGGCACUAAGAAAAGUUGCAUACACAAAUGGAAUGCAGAAUGCUGGAGAUGCCCUGACAAUGGAGGGUUUGAGAUCCAGCAUGCAGGACGAGCUGGAGGCAGCACAGACCAAAGUUACCAUUUGGGAUUUGUUCCACACCCCCAUCCUGCGUAAGAGAACCUGUAUCCUACUAUUUGUGAGAUUUGCAAUCACAAUACCCUUUUAUGGCAUCAUGAUCAAUCUACAACACCUUGGGAGCAAUAUUUUCCUGUUCCAGGCGAUCUUUGGGGUCCUCACUGCCAUUAUCCGAUGUCUUCCUCUUUUAGUACAGAAUCAUAUGGGCCGUCGAACAACCCAGACACUUUUCAUGUUCCUGGUGGGACUUUCUGUUUUGGUCAACACGUUUGUGCCCCAAGAAAUGCAGACCCUGCGUGUGGCUUUGGCAAGCGUGGGAAUCAGCUGUGCUGCUGCUUCUGUCACUAGUUUUAGUGUCCACAUUUUUGAGCUCAUCCCCACAGUCCUCAGGGCACGAGCUUUAGGAUUAGAAACAGUGGCUAGUAGGUGUGGGGCAACGCUGGCUCCCCUCUUGAUGAUGCUAAUGGAGUAUCUUUCCAUUUUGCCCUGGAUCAUCUACGGAGUCUCACCCAUUAUUGCUGGUCUUGCUGUCCUCAUCCUACCUGAAACAAGAAAUCUGCCUCUGCUUGACACCCUCCACGAUGUGAAAAAUAACAAAGAAUUCUCAAGAAAGGUAAAUGAAAUAAAUUCCUUCGUAAAAGUGACAAAAUUUUAAGGUGUUUCCAUGAGCUGACUGGUGAGGAAAAGAAAUACUAUGAAAUAAAAAUAAAACACAAGAAUGUUCUUUUAUAUCUACAAACUACCAAGAAAAAUAUACUGGAAAACAAAUCUCACUUAUAUUAAUUUGCAGUUAAAUAAUUUUUGGGAACACAUAAUUCUAUGAAUAAUCUAAUAUUUUUGGAAAGUGGUUGAAAGUUUCAAAUUUAUUGGUAAAUUAUUAAUACAUAUUCAGAAACAAAGGAAAACCAUGGAAUUAAGAUGUAGCUGGCUGAGAGAAAAGGGAUUACAUGGGUGAUGGGGAUUAAGGAGAGCACUUGCUGUGAUGAGCCCUGUGUGUUGUAUGUAAGUGUUGAAUCACUAUAU